AUGAUUGAAAAAACAGGGAACCAACACCAUCCGUCAAAAAAACAGAAACAGAAAAACAAGGAACUUGAUGAUCAGUUAAAGGAAUACAUUUCGGAAUGGAGAAAACAACGAUCCAAAGAAGAAGAAGAAUUAAAAAGAUUAAAAGAAAAACAAGCUAAAAGAAAGGUCAUGAGAGCCGAAGAAGAAAAGAGAUUGGCCGAAAGGAAAAAGCAAGAAGAGGAAAACAGGAUAAGAGAAGCAGAAGAAAGGAAACAGCGAGAUAUUGAAGAAAAACGACGUCGUUUGGAGGAAGCUGAAAAGAAAAGACAAGCCAUGAUGCAAGCCAUGCAAGCUUCCCAUAAAUCAAAGGGAGGACCCAAUUUCACCGUCAACAAAAAGGGUGAUAAUGCUUUCAAUAUGUCUGCGGCUCAAUUGGAAAAAACAAAAACGAAAGAACAAUUAGAAGAAGAAAAGAAAAUUUCUUUAUCUAUUCGUAUCAAACCUUUGAACAUCGACAAUUUGAGCCUUGAUAAAUUAAAAGAAAAAGCCAAAGAAUUGUGGGAAUGUAUAGUCAAAUUAGAGACGGAAAAAUACGAUUUGGAAGAAAGGCAAAAACGUCAAGAAUACGAUCUUAAAGAAUUGAAAGAGCGACAAAAACAACAGCUCAGACACAAAGCCCUUAAAAGGGGUUUGGAUCCUGAAGCACUCACAGGAAAAUACCCUCCCAAAAUUCAAGUUGCUUCCAAAUAUGAACGUAGAGUCGAUACGAGAUCUUAUGACGACAAGAAGAAGCUUUUCGAGGGUGGAUUAGAAGAUAUAACGAAAGAAGCCAUGGAAAAACAAUGGCAAGAAAAAGGUGAUCAAUUUGGUUCACGUCAAAAAUCUAAAUUACCUAAAUGGUUCGGUGAAAGGCCGGGUAAAAAGAAGGGAGAUCCGGAAAGUCCAGAAGAAGAAGAAGUAAAAGCUGCCGGUGCCGAAGAUGAUGACGAACCGGAACCAACGUUCGAACCGGAACCGGAAGAAGAGGAAGAAGUUGAGGAAGUCGAAGAAGUCGAAGAGGAAGAAGAGGAAGAAGAGGAAGAGGAGGAAGAAGAAGAAGAAUAA